GACGUGCUCCUCCACAUCCUCCGCGGCCUUCCCUGCCGUGCUCUCGCCGAGUCCCGGCGUGUCUGUCGUGCAUGGCGCUCGAUCGUCGACACCCACAAGCUCCUCCUUCCUCACUUUUUUCCUCGAGGCUCCUUCCCCGGCAUCUUCACCAGGAACUAUGGAUCCAACAAUGAAUCCUCCUUCUUCGCCCCGCCAGUGCCGGCGCGUUCGGAGCACCUACUACGUGGAAGUCAUGAUGGACCUGUAUUUCAAUGUCCUCUGUUUCGGCAUCACAAGUUCUCGAUGCUCCACUACUGCAAUGGCCUCCUUCUCCUUGAGAAGGAUGGUAAUUGUUACGUCUGUAACCCGGCGACAAUAAGGUGCGCUGAAUUGCCACCGCCAAUGAAGGAGGGUCGGUGGUGGUACCACGAAUUCAUGUUCCUCGCCUUCGACCCGGCCGUAUCUCCUCACUAUGAGGUAUUCCUCCUUCCAAGAUAUAGCGAAGAAAAGAUCCAACCAAACAAGGAAGUGGAGCAAAAAGAGAUGCAUGUCCAUGUGCGAGGGGUCGACGAGCAAGAUAAGGUGGUUUCUGUAUUGAUGAUCUCGUCACAAACCAAUCAAUGGGCGAGCCGGGAGUUUGUGCCAGGGCGUUGUGCCCCUGGGCCCCUCUAUCACAUGGUGACUGCGCCACACCCUAGGCAUGUGCGGAUAUGGAAGUCAGUUGAGUACUGGCAGGGCUCGCUCUAUGUACAUUGCCAGAACAACAUCGUUAUGAUCCUUCGCAACUUGAAUGGGUUGUAUGACAUGGCUCAGCUGCCGGGAAAAGCCUACGAUGACAAAGAAUAUCUAGGUCUUUCCGAGCUGCUCGACAGGUCCAUCUUAGCCAGCUACGACGGAGGAGUUCGCUAUGUGGCGCUCGACAAGUUCCAACUACAUGUAUGGAGAUUAACAGAAUCAGCCGCUGGCCAGAUUGGGUGGAUGCUAGAACAUGUGGCUGACCUUACUCCUUAUAAUCAUAAAGUACAACAGUUCAUGGAGCCUAGAGUGUCGUGGGAGGCGGUCGAAAGCAACAAAGCCUUACUUAGCUUGUUCGAACAAUGUAACUUGAAGGAAUUCGUAGAUGACGAGGAGGAUGACCAGAGUGACACUAUUGAUAAUAGUGAUAGCGGCACUACUGACAAUAGUGAUAGGGACACUAAAGAUGAUGAAGAAGGAAUACAUGAGGCAGAUGGAUUUGAUGGCACAACAGAUGAUGGUGACAGUCAUGGUAGUAGUGAUGAUGCAUGCGAACAUGAAGAUGAAGAUGGGGAUGAAGAUGAAGAUGAAGAAGGAGAAUUCAAAAGUGAAGAUGGUCUAAAAAACUCUUGGGACUCAGAUGAGGACAACUUCAUUGACCUGGAUGAAAGUGUCGCACACCUCGGGGACAAGGAGUAUGGGCGUUACAGAAUUAUAGGACUACAUCCACAUAAGGAAGUGGUGCUCUUCCUAACCUAUAGCGGCGUCGUGGCAUAUCAUCUUGACACCUCGAGGAUGCAAUAUUUAGGAUGGUGGCUUGUGAGAAACACACAUUCAAAUUUUAAUGGCAUUGGCGCUGCGUUCCCUUACCGCCCAUGCUAUGUCGACGCACUUCCGACGACUAAACUACCCUCCAGUUUUUGUGUAUCAUAUCAUCGUUGGUGAUCCGUUUGAUGCAACUCUUGAGAGGACGGAAGAACGAGAGGACAAUGAUAGAGCGUAUGUGUCCUUCAAUACGAUUCAGCUGUGUAAUUUAGUUGGACGUGCUAAUAUGAGAGGUCUUUUACCAAGUCUUCCUGUCUUCCAUUUUUUGC